AUGGGUAACAACAAACACUUUUAAUUGGCACCUAAACAACAAACACUUUAGACGGCGUCGUAUCGCUACGCUUUCGCUUCUCAGUGUGCAACAUUACCUUGUGCAAUGUUCUAGCCGUUAAACCUCACCCGUUGCACAUUUGCUCUGUAUCUCCGAAAAUGGCGGUCUCUGCUAACACCCCACCAAUCCCUCCACACCCUGACCUUUCCAACCUCCACUCCAAUGUACAAAAACCCAAAGCGUUGAAUUUCUCUCAUAACCUCCAAACCCACAAAUUCUCUCUCAAGAAAACCCAUGGAAUCUCUGUACUAAACACCAGUUCCCUCGACACCAGAAACCCCAACUCUCGUAUAUGCGAGCUCUGCCUCAAUGGGCACAUAGAACGAGCUCUAGAACUCUUGAAUUCAAUGCAAGAACUUCAAAUUGCAGUUGAAGAAGAAACUUUCAUUGCUUUGCUUAGGCUUUGUGAGUGGAAGCGAUCAGCUAAUCAAGGAGCUAAGGUUUAUUCGUGCGUAUUGAAUUCGACGAACAGGUUGAGUAUUCGACUCGGUAAUGCGUUGUUGAGUAUGUUUGUGAGGUUGGGCAAUUUGGUUGAUGCAUGGUAUGUGUUUGGGAAAAUGGAGGAAAGGGAUAUUUUUUCAUGGAAUGUUUUGGUGGGUGGGUAUGCGAAAGCUGGUUAUUUUGAUGAGGCUUUGAACCUGUACCAUCGGAUGUUGUGGGUUGGGAUUAAACCCGAUGUGUAUACGUUUCCUUGCGUUUUGAGGACUUGCGGCGGUGUACCGGAUUUGGAGAGGGGUAGGGAGGUUCAUGUUCAUGUAAUUAGAUUUGGGUUUGAGUCAGAUAUUGAUGUGGUUAAUGCUUUGAUAACCAUGUAUGUGAAAUGCGGCAAUGUGCAUGCUGCACGGCUUGUGUUUGAUAGAAUGCUUAGAAGAGAUAGGAUUUCUUGGAAUGCGAUGAUUUCAGGGUAUUUUGAGAAUGUUGAAUACUUGGAAGGAUUGAGAUUGUUCUUCAUGAUGCGUGAACUUUCUAUUAAUCCGGAUUUGAUGACCAUGACAAGUGUGAUCUCUGCAUGUGAGCUUCUUGGUGAUGAGAGAUUAGGGAGGGUAAUUCAUGGGUAUGUAGUGCGAACAGAGUUCGGGGCUGAUUUUUCGGUGGAAAAUUCUUUAAUUCAAAUGUAUUCGAGUGUUGGGAAUUGGAAGGAAGCAGAAAAAGUUUUUUCUAGAAUCGAGUCUAAAGAUGUGGUAUCAUGGACAACAAUGAUUUCAGGUUAUGAAAAUAAUGGAUUGCCUGAUAAAGCUGUGGAAACUUACCAAAUGAUGGAGCUGCAAGGUGUCAUACCGGACGAGAUUGCCGUUGCCAGUGUUUUAUCUGCAUGUGCUUCUUUGGGCCUUUUAGAUUUGGGCAUUAAGCUGCAUGAGCUUGCCAAGAGGACAAGACUCAUAUCAUAUGUUAUGGUAGCAAAUACUCUCAUUGAUUUGUAUUCCAAAUGUAGAUGUGUUGACAAGGCUUUGGAAGUCUUCCACAACAUUCCUGUUAAGAAUGUGAUAUCUUGGACAUCUAUCAUCCUUGGGCUCCGAAUCAACAACCGGUGCUUUGAGGCUUUGAUUUUCUUCAGGCAAAUGAUAGUAAGUAUCAACCCCAAUUCUGUUACCUUGGUGGCUGUCCUAUCUGCAUGUGCUAGGAUAGGAGCUUUGAUGUGUGGAAAAGAGAUCCAUGCUCAUGCAUUAAGGAAUGGAUUAGCAUUUGAUGGUUUUUUACCCAAUUCUCUCCUUGACUUGUAUGUAAGGUGUGGAAGGAUGGGACCUGCAUGGAACCAAUUUAACACGCAGAAAGAAGACGUGGCAUCCUGGAAUAUUAUGCUGACUGGCUAUGCUCAGCGGGGGCAAGGAACACUGGCUGUGGAGCUAUUCAAUAGAAUGAUAAAUUCAGAGGUAAAGCCUGAUGAGAUUACAUUUAUUGCUUUAUUAUGUGCUUGUGGUAGAUCUGGGAUGGUUAUUGAAGGAUUGGGGUUUUACAAUAGUAUGAAACUUAAGUAUUCUGUUACCCCGAAUCUGAAACAUUAUGCUUGCAUGGUGGAUUUACUUGGCCGUGCUGGGAAAUUGGAGGAUGCUUAUGAAUUUAUAAAGAAAAUGCCAAUAAAACCAGAUCCAGCCAUCUGGGGAGCCUUACUAAAUGCAUGCAGGAUCCACAGGUGGGUUGAGCUUGGGGAACUUGCGGCUAGGAAUAUAUUUGAAUUGGAUAAAGGAAGUGUUGGAUAUUACAUCCUCCUCUGUAAUCUUUAUGCUGACAGUGGUAAAUGGGAUGAAGUCGCAGGACUGAGAAAGAUGAUGAGAGAAAAAGGGCUUACUGUUGAUCCCGGGUGCAGUUGGGUGGAAGUGAAAGGAAAAGUCCAUGCUUUCCUCAGCGGUGAUGAUUCCCACCCUCAAAUAAAGGAAAUAGGUGCAAUUUUGGAGGGAUUUUAUGAGAAAAUGAAGUUGGCCGAUUUCAGUAGUCCAGAAAGAAGUUCUUUAGAUGAAGUUAAAGCUUCAAAAGCUGACAUUUUCUGUGGGCACAGUGAGAGACUGGCCAUUGCAUUUUCACUUAUAAAUACUGCCCCUGGUAUGCCUGUAUGGGUGACAAAGAAUCUCUACAUGUGUGAGAGCUGUCAUAAUACCAUCAAAUUUAUCUCUAAGGUUGUUCGGAGAGAGAUUUCGGUUAGGGAUACCGAACAUUUACACAAUUUUAAGGAUGGAGUCUGCUCCUGUGGGGAUGAAGGUUACUGGGGAAGAACUUGAUUACUGGUAAGCAAGAGUGCUGUAAUAACUUCUAACCUUUCCUACUGAUUUACAAGAGAAUUCGGGAAUGGUAGACCCAAGGUUGUGAACUGAAAUUGCAUACUGGACGUCUCAACCGGCCUUCUAAAACAUAUUACAUGUAAAGCAAAAAAGAGCAGAACAAUGAUCGAGGUAUUCUGAAACAGAGUCCAAUUAUCUUCUGUCAAUGGCUCGACUUGAAGAAAGAAGCUGCUUCCUUGUCCUCUUAUCCACUGCACUGCUAAUCAGUAAAAUUGACACUGAAAUUCUUGUGGUUUGCUGCCAUUGGAGAUUUGGCUGUGGAGCAAGGCAUUACUGGUGAAGUGUGGGUUCCUCUCCUCUGCUCACAUAUGUAUAUUUCUAUCACAGUUGAAUGCUUUGACUUCCUGCACAAUUUGAACCUGGUAGAUAAGUGUAUAAAUUUGCACAAAUGGAUGCUAUGUUGACCUUUUUCUAUCUCCCUUCACAAUGUUUGUCCUCCUCCUCUGGUUAGAACUCAAUAGUGUCAAAGAAAAAUCAGCAGACUAAAUUUGAUGUAUGGAAAUUCUGGGUGCGUCAAAACCUUAGUUUUAUGGUUUAAAUGAAUCAUCAGUGACAUCAUGACAUUAAUUACGAGUAUCACGUUCAUUUUUCAAGGUGAUAGUUUAAGUCUGCAUUUUACUUGGUUGAAUGAAAGCACAGUAGAAAGGAUGGAUGGGUUACUACCAAUUUUUUGAUUUGGUUGGAAGGAUGGCAAGCGAAUUUAUAUAUAUAUUUUUUA